GUCACUCCCGGGCCGCCGCCGCCGCCGCCUCCGCGAAAAACCCUAGCAGGCUUCGCCGCUAUCACUCCAAGGGGCGCGACCAUGGUGGCCACAAAGAAGACGAAGAAAUCCACGGACAACAUCAAUAACAAGCUGCAGCUUGUUAUGAAGAGUGGCAAGUACACUCUCGGCUACAAGACCGUCCUCAGGACUCUCAGGAACUCUAAGUCGAAGCUAGUGAUCAUCGCUAACAACUGCCCGCCCCUUCGUAAGUCUGAAAUUGAGUACUAUGCUAUGCUGGCCAAGGUCACUGUCCACCACUUCCAUGGAAACAAUGUCGACCUUGGAACUGCCUGUGGUAAAUACUUUCGGGUCUGCUGCCUCAGCAUUAUUGAUCCUGGUGAUUCUGAUAUCAUCAAGACUACACCGGGUGAGCAGUAAAGAAGCCCCUGCAGUAGGGGGAUCUUACUGCAUUUGUUCUUCUGUCUUGUUAAACAGCAUUUACCUGCUAGUAAACUGAGUUAUUCGGAACAUUGUCUUGAAUUGAAUUUUUGCUCCGGUGUUUUGACACUUAAAUAGAGCUUUAGCUUAUACCGUUGUUCAGGUCGCAGCUGUAUGUUGUCACUAUCAAACCGUCAAACGAAUGCUCCACCAGUGGAGGUAUCUCCUAUAAUAAGGAUUCAUUGUUUGUAGUAA